AUGAAAGGAAUUUUCUUCCUUCUAUGCAUCCUUCUUGUUCUUGAUUCUUUUGCUUUGUCGUUUAAUGACGAUUAUUCAGACUUUUUAGAUGAUGCCCCUUCUCCAAAAAAUUCAAAGAAAGCUCAAAAACCUAAAUCAAAUCGUAAGGCAUCUACUAAACCAGCUAACACACCAAAAAAUAAUCAAAGAGUAAAACAAAAUAAGAAAACACAAGCACCACAACCAAAAAGAACAGUUCAAACUACUACAAAAAAACCAACUGUAGCUUCUAAACAAAGAAAACAAUUAGUUCAAGUAACUACUGAUAAGAAUGGUAAGAAGACUGCUACUGUUUCAAAGAAUUUAGGUCCAAACACUAAAGUCUCUGGAUCGGUAAGUGCUCAAAAAACUCCAAACGGUAUUACUGCUGGUGUUUCUGGAAAUAUUAACUACAACAAAGGCCCUAUAACAGCAACAGCUAAAACUGGAUAUCAAACUUCUCCUCAAGGACAAAGUUAUGGUGCUUCUGUUAAUGGUAAAUACAGUAAAAAUGGUGUUAAUGUUAAUGGAAAUGCUUAUUAUGGUAAACAAAACGGUGUUAAUAAAGCUGGUGCCAACAUAAAUGCCUCUUAUGAUAGUAAAAAAGUUCAGGCUAAUGCAAAAGCAGGAAUUAAUAAAGAUGGUAGUUCUACUACUUCAAGUGCUAGUGCCAGUGCUACAUAUAAACCAAAUGGUAAAACUACAAUUUCUGCUGAUGGUAAAGUUUCAAAAACUAAUGGACAAACUACUAUUCAAGGUAAUGCAAAUGCUUCAUACAAUGGAGAUAAAUUACAAGCUAAUGCUGGUGUCAAUUUUAAUAAAGAUUCUAAUGGUAAAACUACAAGUGCUAGUGCCAGUGCUACAUAUAAACCAAAUGAUAAAACUACAAUUUCUGCUGAUGGUAAAGUUUCAAAAACUAAUGGACAAACUACUAUUCAAGGUAAUGCAAAUGCUUCAUACAAUGGAGAUAAAUUACAAGCUAAUGCUGGUGUCAAUUUUAAUAAAGAUUCUAAUGGUAAAACUACAAGUGCUAGUGCCAGUGCUACAUAUAAACCAAAUGAUAAAACUACAAUUUCUGCUGAUGGUAAAGUUUCAAAAACUAAUGGAAAAAAAACAUAUGAAGUAAAUGGAAAAGCAAACUACAAUGGUGAUAAGUUACAAGCUAAUUUAAAUGCACAAGCUAAGAAUGAUGGAACAAAUAAAGUUAGUUCUAUUAGUGGUGAUGCUACAUAUACUAAUGGUGGCUUAACAGCUAAAGUUGAUGGAAACAUGGCUAAUACUAAUGGUGAAAAGAGUAAUGAAAUACAUGGCUCUCUUAAUUACAAAAGUAAAGAUGGUAAAUUUGAUGGAUCACUUGACGCAAAACGUUCUAAGAAUAGUAAUGGUGUUUCUCGUUCAGCAAGUGCUACAGGAACAUAUAAAGUCAAUGAACAUUCAACAUUGAGCAGUAGUGGAUCAGUUAAAUCAACUCCAGAUGGCAGAAGUAAUACAUUCUUUAGUCAAUUGGAUUAUAAAGCAGAUAAAUUUACUGGGUCAUUAGACAUAAAACACACAAAAGAUACUAACGGAAUAAAGACUAAUUCUGCUGGAAUUAGUGCACAGUUUAAUCCAAAUGAUAAGUUUGGGGCUAGUUUAGGAGGUAGAAUAAGUAAUAUUAAUGGAAAAAGGAACGUUGGUUUAGAAACAAAGCUAACCUAUAACUUAGAUGAUAAAAAUAAGGCAUAUGCCUCAUUUAUAAAAGACCAAACAAAUAAUAAUAAUAUACUUGGAUUUGGAGGAAGUUAUGAAAGUAAGAAUGGUAAGUUGAGUGCUACUGGUGAUUUUUCCUUUAGUAAAAAUUCUCAAAACAUUAAUGGACAAAUUAAUUUCUUACCAACAACUAAUACACAAAUCUCAGCUAAUGGAAUGUAUACCAAGUUAAAUAAUGAAAAAGACUGGAGGUAUGGAAUUAAAGCCCAACAUCAAUUUAAUGAUAAAUGGUCUGGUAGUCUCGAAGUAGGCAAGUCAUCAAAGAAUGGUUUGGAGUAUAGUGCAGGAGUUAAUUAUGACCUUGGAAAGAAUUCACAUCUUAGUUUAACUGCAGGUAAAUCAGCUGAUAAAGGUGGAUAUGUUGGAGCUGGUUUUAAAUGGGAUUUCUAA